AUGGUUCGGCUAACAAUGGACCUAAUUGCUAAAAAUGCUGGUCACAAGAAUCGUAGUGAAGAAGACUUUGAACAAUAUCUGCAAAAAAUAACUCAUCUGAAUUUGUCAGAUAAAAAUAUAGAUUCAAUUGAUGACCUCUCUUUCUGUAAAAAUCUGAGAGUUCUAUAUUUAUAUGAUAACCAAAUCAACCAAAUACAGAACUUGGACUUUGCUUCAAAUAUAACGCACCUUUACCUUCAGAACAAUCGUAUUUCAAGUAUAGAAAAUCUCUCAUUGCUGAAAAAACUUGAAAAACUGUAUUUAGGAGGCAACUAUAUCACUAUAGUGGAGGGUUUGGAUAAAAUAGGAGAACUAAGGGAGCUACAUAUUGAAAGUCAACAUCUCCCUCUUGGUGAAAAGCUUCUGUUUGAUCCAGUAUCUCUUAACUCCCUGGCAAAAUCUUUGUCUGUAUUGAAUAUCAGCAAUAACAACAUUGAUGAAUUAGAAGAACUGGCAGUUUUGGAAAAUCUUUCUUACCUUAAAGCAGUCGACAAUCGACUUAAACAUAUGAAGGAUUUGGAGGUUGCAUUAAAAAAAUGGACAAAGCUACGCAGAAUGGAUCUUACAGGAAACCCCAUCUGUCAAAAACCGAAGUACAAGGAUAGGAUUAUAGUACAGUCACCGACUUUAGAAUCCCUCGACGGGAAAGAAAUUCAAGAAAUGGAAAGACGUUUCUUAAUAAAUUGGAAAGCCUCCAGAGCUGCCAGGAAAAAAAAAAAUGAAAGAAUGACAGAUGAACAUGCAGCCUAUGUACAAUUUUCUGACUCUGAAACACCUCAUCUUGCUCUUCCUUUUAACCACAGUCACUCUGUGAAACAAAAAGCAGAUUUUUUAGAUUUGGCUCACAAGCAGAAAGUUGAAAGAAAACCUGCGCCAAGAAUCCGUGAAAGAAGAAGUCAGAUGAAAACUCAGGUCGAGGAGGAAUCUGAAGUAAUGCAGAAGUAG